GUGACGGUAAGGUACCGGUAGCAGAAUCCAGAAAGCCUGAUGAACAUGAACCACCCUUGUCACAAAUCUCCAUUUCCUUAAUUGCUGUUUGUGGCGUUCUAGCCGUCUUUGUCAUUGUUGCUCUCGUACUCAGCGUGAAAAACAAACGACAGGAUGUGAAACCAUGGAUUGUUCCAAUCCAAGAUAAUGAAAGAAGUGAAUCUCGAAGCAGGCGAAUGCUGCCAGCAGCACCGAAAAUCGAAGAUAAUGCGUAUUUAUUUCAUACUCGGUCCAACACAGGUGGUAAUGAUGCUGUAGGUAAGGGUAGCAUCCCAGCCCAUAGACAGCCGGAAAACGAAGACGUCACCUAUAGCGUUGUCAACGAUGACCUGAAAGCUGCUUGCAGACUUCUUCCAUUCGUAUCGGAGACUCCGCAAGAGCCACCUUGCCCGACCGACGUCUAUGAUUCAAUCCAGGGGGUCAGUUUAUCGCCAGAAGGUUCUAUGAGGUCUCGAAUUGGAAGCACCCCGUCUUAUCGAUUAGCCGGAGGGUUUCAGCGACAGAACAGCACUGCGUCAACAUACGAAGGCAGCAUAAGGCCGUUUUCGCGGUCAACCAGCGUUGUCUCGAGGACAGAGAGCUUCUACGAAGACAUGAACAAGACUUCGCGCUCUUCGUCAAUGUGUCGGCCCAAUGACAGAAACAUCGUGCCUUACACCUAGUUGUAGUAGAUUUUGACCAUUGUCAUCUAGAAUUUUAUUUCCUGAUAUACAGUUUAAGCACAUACUUAAAAUGUAUCAGGUAUAGAAGAAAUAUUCUACGCACUACAUGUACAAAGCGCGCAAACCAACUGUGCAAAUAGCAACGGAAAACUACGCAGAAAUGAUACUCCCACAAAAUCUUCUAAUUUAUAUCAAUUCUGUGCGCUUACCCACUUUUAAUGACUGCAGUUUAUUUAUUUACAUAUACGUAAAAAGAUAAUGAAAAUAUCGGCAGCACAAACAAUACGACAAACCAAAGUGUACACGGUAUGCACAAUUUUUGACGUAAGCUUAUCGUUUUAUCCUCCCUUUAACGGUGACGUAAAUAUGUUCCACAGUAUCUUUUUUAAUGGCGAAACGCCACAAAGUGGUCAAUGUUAUUUAGCUGGAUGCGCACGGUAAUUAUUACUUACACAAUUACUCUUUA